ACUGUUGGUCCAUACCUUUGAAAAAAAAAACCAUAUAAACUCUUUUAUCUUUCUCUCACUCAGAGUCUCCUCUUUCUUAGCUUCUUCUUCCUAUUUUAUUUAAUGGAUUGAUUGGUUAAUGAUGAAAAGCUAGUCCCUUUAAUUUGUUGCCUUUUAUUUGUAUUUUCUGUGUAGGUGUUGAGUUACCCCUUUUCUUUCUUUUAUUCAUAUCCACAUCUUUCUCUUGUUUUAGCUUAUUAUUUUGCUAUUCUAAACAGCACUAUACAAGAUAGUAAUAGUUCCUCCAAGAAUUUCAAUAUUCAAAUAACAAUUUCUCUAAUUCUUGUCAAUUGGCUUAGCUUCUUUUUGCAUUGUUUAAAUCCUUCCAGAGUCCAAUUUUGCUUUUGACAAACCAAAGAAUUAAGGAGAAAGAACUAUUUUAUCAUCAUGAAGCGGUUUAGUUUCUCAGAUUCUUCUGGCAAAUUGCUUUAUCCAACAGAAGAAAAAGAUACAGAGAAUUUGGCAUACAGCAAUGAGUUUCAGGCAAUGUUGGAUGGAUUAGAAGAUGAAGAUGGGAUAGAAGAGAGUGGAUGUGGAACAGGGAAGAAAAGGAGACUAAGAGUUGAUCAAGUGCAAGCACUGGAGAAAAUAUUUGAAGUUGAUAACAAACUUGACCCCGACAGAAAAGUGAAAAUUGCACAAGAGUUAGGCCUGCAACCAAGACAAAUUGCAAUUUGGUUCCAAAAUCGCCGCGCCCGUUGGAAGACUAAGCAAUUAGAAAGAGAUUAUAACAUUCUCAAAGUCAAUUAUGAAGCUCUUCAGCACAAUUAUACCAAAGUUGAACAAGAAAAAGAAGGCUUGAUUACUGAGCUAAAAGGACUAAAAGAGAAGCUUGGAGAGGAAACAUUAUCCGCUGCAUAUCAAAGGCCUCAAGAAAUGCUUGAAUUGAACCCCAGAAUUAACUAUGAAGUCAGCAACAAGAAGUUGAAUAUUAAUUCAGAUUUUGUGGAUUCAAAAGAUGGAUCAUCAGAUAGUGAUUCAAGUGGAGUGAUGAAUGAAGAAAAUUACAACAAUAGUCUCAAUUAUCAGCCAUUAAUGCCUAGGGUGUCAUCUUAUAAUAAUGCUUUGGAUCACUUGUCAUUGUCUUCAUCAACAUACACUCAGUUAUUGGAUCCAAGGGCGGGUAAUUCCACAUCAUCAUCAAUGAGGGCUUAUAAUCAUAAUCAGCAAGCUGUUGGGAGAAUGGAGGAGCAAAAUGCUUUUACAGCAGAGGAUUCUUGCAAUAUUUAUUCUGUUGAUCAAGCGCCAAAUCUUUAUUGGUAUCUUAGUGACCACAGGAAUUAGCUAUAAGUUAGUAAUUUCCUCCAUUUUAAAUAACAUGUAGUCUAAGUAUUAUUGAACCAUCAAGAAGCUAUUUGUGUUUUCACAACCUUUAGUCAUAGGCAUUUAAUUGCAAUAAAAAUCUACAGAUGUUACUCAUUUA